GCCUCCAGUGUUUCGUGUAUUUGCUUUAAAUGGAGCUCAAAUGACAUCACAUUGCUGCAGUGCUGCACUGUCCAUGAAAGGUGUCAGUCGUUUCCUCUGAUAUCAAGAAUUUGUCCACUGGCCACUUGGCUCUGCUCUGCUCCAGACAUCAUGGCGUGAGCAAAUGUAUUCUUUUAUAGCCGGCUCGUGUUACGCAGGUGGACGCCUGCAUGAAGAGUAGAGGCGCAUUUUCAAAGGUUGCCUGUUCUCUGGGACACAGCAAGAUUUCCUGCCACAUCCCGCCCGAAGAAAUCGACCGCAUUGCUUUGUAGAAAGAGCGGACGGACCAAGUCGUGUAUGAAAACUAAUUGCUCGCAUGGGUACGCAUAGUGUUAGAGGAGAAAGAGAGAGAGCGAGAAAAAACAGUAUCAGUGCAUGGGUGGGAUUCCUUCAUUGCGCUUCAGAUAGGGGAAGUUAUGGCAACAAACGUCUACAGUGAAGGUAAAUAAAUGUCAGGAAAUUAGGCACGAUAAGUGCGCUCUAGUGCUGUAAUUAACAGAAACCCGGUGUUGGUGGAGACUUUUCCGACCUUUGCUAUUUUUGAUUGACUUGAAGCCCGAAUUUGACGCCAACCUUCAACCGUGUGAGGCUUCUUUUUUUCCCUUUUUUUCAGGAGUGCAACCUAUCGCUUCAAAAAGAGCCCCAUGCUGCAGUUCUCCAUCCCGACACCAUCUGUACUGCAAUUCAUCACAGGCGUGAGAUUUAUUGGAAAUUUAAUCCAUCGUUCCUCCGCGUUACAAACGCGUAUGCGGGGGACCUGCUACGACCACGUACUCACGCUUUAACCCAUUUGAAGACGACUCGGACGCUACACUCGGACCCUCCUGAGCUUCUGGAUUUAGAGAUUUCAACCUAAUUAUAUUCUGCCUGCCUUCGAGCCCUAAUCGGAUCGUACUGGGAUUUUAGGUGGGGUUUUAUCCCGAUGCAGGUAACUGGGAAGGACUGUCUCUUGUUGAUGACACUUAAGCAGCAGAUUGUCGCUCAUUGGGUCCCUUGGAUUUUUGCAGCACAAGCCUGACCAGCGUAACAAGAAGGGUUUUACACCUGAAUUUGGAAUAAAUGAACUCUCGUCACCAUCCGAGUUUCGUUGUGAAUUUAUCCGCUGAGACAAGUGUGUGGACAGCGAGAUCAUGUGCAUUGGGAUCAAGCCUUUGGCUUCUGCUAUAUUAGUCCCAGUUCCACUUCUGGCUGCUUUGAACUGAACCCUGUGAGGAGCAUCCAAAACAGCCCAGUAUUCUGCGGUGUUUUCCCGUGGGAGUCGCCUGCCUCGGCCCUGAGUCUCUGACUGUUAGCUGAUCAGGAUGCUGAUGUGGAACCUGUAAUGGAGACCAGGGCUUGAUAUCUGGAUCUGGAAACCGAUCAACAAUGGAGCGGCUGGUUCUUUGUAUGUUGCUGUCUGCAGCCCUGGUGAAGGGAUACAGCUGCCCCGGCCGCUGCAUCUGCCAGCACCUCUCCCCUACUCUGACUCUGCUCUGUGCUAAAACCGGUCUGUUGUUCGUGCCCCCCACCAUCGAUCGCAAGACUGUCGAGCUGCGACUCACUGACAACUUUAUCACCAUCAUCCGCAGGAAAGACUUUUACAACAUGACUAGUUUAGUCCACCUCACUUUGUCCCGCAACACCAUCAGUCAGAUCACACCCCAUGCCUUUCUCGGCCUGCGAGCCUUGCGGGCGCUCCACAUGGAUGGAAACCGUCUCAGUGCUAUAAAAAGCGAACACUUUAAAGGCCUCGUCAACCUGCGGCACCUCAUCCUCGGAAACAACCAGAUCCACCAGGUGGCCCCCACCUCAUUUGAUGAGUUUGUUUCCACAAUAGAGGACUUGGAUCUUUCCAAUAACAACCUGCGCACCCUUCCCUGGGAAGCUAUAGCCAAAAUGACCAACAUUAACACCCUCACACUGGACCACAACCUAAUUGACCACAUUGGAGCAGGGACCUUUACACUGCUCACUAAGCUAGUCCGCCUGGACAUGACCUCUAACAGGCUGCAGAAGUUGCCGCCAGACAGCCUGUUCCAGCACGCUCAGGUUCUGUCUGAUGCCAAGGACUCCAGCUCGUCUACGCUGACCGUGAGUUUUGGGGGAAACCCCCUGCACUGUAACUGUGAGCUGCUGUGGCUGCGCAGGCUAACAAGAGAGGAUGACUUGGAGACCUGUGCCUCCCCAGAGCACCUCAUGGACAAAUAUUUCUGGUCUAUUCAAGAGGAGGAGUUUAUCUGUGAGCCACCGCUAAUCACCAAACAUCUUACCAGUAAGCCUUUUGUGAUGGAAGGGCAAGGAGUGACUCUUAAAUGCAAAGCUGUGGGUGAUCCGGAACCAGAUAUUCACUGGCGGUCACCAGACGGCAAGCUGGUGCAUAACAAUUCCCGCACCGUCUUGUAUGAUAAUGGCACCCUUGAUAUUCUCAUCACCACUCUGAAGGACAGUGGGUCAUUUAAUUGUGUGGCAUCCAAUGCCGCAGGCAUCGCUACAGCUGCUGUUGAGAUCAACAUGAUCCCCUUACCCUUGUUUGUUAACAACACGGGCCACAUGCGUGAGGACCCUGGACUCUCAGACAUCACCACCUCCUCCAAAUCUGGCAAUGACACCAAGGGCUAUGACAAGCAGGACAGAAGGGUGAUGGUCACUGAACUGACCUCCUCCUCCGCUGUGAUCCGCUGGCCAUCUGAACGCCAUAUCCCUGGCAUCAGAAUGUACCAGAUUCAGUACAACAGCACGGCAGAUGAUACUUUGGUGUACAGAAUGAUCCCAUCUACCAGCAAGAACUUCUUAAUCAAUGAUCUGGCUGCAGGACGGGAAUACGACCUUUGUGUGCUGGCGGUUUACGAUGACGGCAUCACUUCGUUAACAGCUACCCGCGUGGUCGGCUGCGUACAGUUCCACACAGCCAGUGAGGUCAGCCAGUGCCGUUUCAUGCACAGCCAGUUCCUGGGAGGCACUAUGAUCAUCAUUAUUGGUGGUAUAAUUGUUGCUUCGGUGUUAGUGUUCAUCAUCAUCCUGAUGAUUCGUUACAAGGCCUACAGCAGCCCGGAGGACAGCAAGACCAAGGUCAGCUGUAGCAUGCACUCCCAGACCAAUGGAAGCCAGCACCGGCUCCAGCGUUCUGCCUCCAAGCAACCUUCUGACGAAGGCCAGCAUGAAGCCCUAGCACCCAAAGAGUGCAUGGCACUGGUGCUGAGGGUGGACGGUGAGAAAAAGCAGGAUUCAGCAGCCACAACUGCCAUACUGGAGGUGGAGCUGCCUCCCAUAACUGUAGACAAGAUGAAGAGAAGAACCAGCCUGGAUGGAGAGCGCUCUGGUCCCCCAUCUGACGACACGCAGAUGGACAAUAGCCUGACAGGCUCCACCAUGUCCCUGUGUCUCAUAGGCCCCAAUGCUGGCACCAAGGAGGCUCCCAGGCUCAAGGACAAGAAGAGUACCCUGGCCAACAUGGGGUUGCUCCCUAAUGAGCUAGCACGAACUAGGCACAGAUUCUCGUUUGACGGCGGGGAUUACUCCAUUUUUCAGAGUCAUAGUUACCCACGCAGAGCGAGGACGAGGUGGCACAAAUCCACCAACCAGCUCAACAUGGAGUCCUCGCCGCUCGCCAGCAGGAGAGUUACAUUCAGCAGCACUGAGUGGAUGCUAGAGAGCACAGUCUGAGUAAAGUAGUGUAGCCAAAAGAAAUGGCUCAGCCACAUACAAACACACACAUGUAAAAACACAAAUAUGUCUACAUGCCAUAUGACACACUUUCCCAGCACACAGCAAGAGAUAAACACAAGCACACAUACUGAGACGAGCUUUCUGCGAGUUGCUGGAGAAGAACACGGUCUCGUUCAUCCUGCCUCCCCGUCAUGCUCCCACAGAAGUCUGUUGGCCAUGUCCUUUCUUUAUGCAGCAGUGCCUUAUUCUAAAAAAAAAAAUGUACGAAUGGAGGAUGCUGCUCACUGUAGUCAUAAACCGUCCUCUCUACCACUGCUUUCCAAUACUGAGAACGGGAAGCAUUGUGUUGGAUUUUUGAUUUUCUCCUUUUUCUGUGAUAUGCCAAGGGGGUGUGGCGUUAGGAUGUAACUGUUUAAUUGUAAAAAAAAAAAAAAAAAAAAAAAGAAGAAGAAAGAAAAAAAACUUCAUCAUAACUGUAAAGUGAACAGCCAGGUAUCCUGUUAUGUCAAUCAUGUUUUGGGUUCAUAAAAUUAAAAAAAACAACAAAAAAAAAAAACUUUUGCACAGAAGACACGAGAUACAAGGACAAGUAUCAACACCAGUCUAUACAAUAAUGAUUAUUAAAAGAGAGCGGAAUUUUACAAAGGCUGAUUUCUUAUGUGUUUGCAUAGAGAAGAUGGACCUGGAAACCUGCCAUGGAUUCCUCUCUGACGGUCGGACUGUAUGAUAUUAAAAUCGGUAUUGUUGCAGAUGUGACUGUAUAUUAAUGGGUACUGUAUCUGGCUGGUCUGGAUAAAAGACAACAAACAAAAAAGACAUAUAUAAGUAUAUUAAAACAUUGGUGUAUGUGUACUAACUAUGUAAGUAAGUAAGUCAUAUGUCACAUGACUUUUUACAAAGCAUUUGGGUGUUGGCUGCAAGUUUUUACAUUAAAAACCUGUGUCAUCACACCUCUCCCUAUUUAGUAUGUCAAGGUUUGGACCAUCUACUCCCUCACGAAGGGUAUUAAAUUUUUUUGUGUGGGUUAA